AUGCCUCCGGUCGGCGCAGCGCUCUGGCGCAGUUUACGAGCCCACCAAGUCUACGGCGCUAACACGGACGUGGGGAAGACAAUUAUCUCCACGGUGCUGUGUAAUGCGGUUCAACACCAGAAACAGCGCGCCGCAUUCCUCAAGCCGGUUUCUACGGGGGCAUUAGAUGAUGCCGAUGAUCGGCACUUGCGGCGUUAUGGCGCCGGGACGCUCACCAAAUGUCUCUACCAAUUCGACGAUCCCGUGAGCCCGCACUUGGCAGCAAAGGAUAAAUUUGUUCCGCGAGACGAUGACCUUCUCGCAUCCAUACACAACACACUGUCCGGCUGGGCGCGGUCCGACAUUGACUUCGCCCUUGUUGAGACGGCCGGGGGCGUGCACUCCCCGGGCCCCAAUGGCAACUCACAGGCUGACUUGUAUCGACCACUUCGGAUGCCAAUCGUGUUGGUGGCAGACUCUCGUCUAGGGGGUAUCUCUUCUUCGAUUUCUGCCUACGAGUCGUUGCUUCUCCGUGGCUAUGAUAUCUCAUCGGUUCUCGUGUUCCGAGAUGAGUACUAUCAAAAUCAUGAAUACCUCCGGGAAUACUUCCAGAAAAAGAGCAUUCCCUUGGUGUCGCUACCAGCGCCUCCAGCCAGACCGUCGCGGCUGGAUGCCGACUCCCAAAUAAGGGACGAGGAGGCCAUGUUCAGCUACUACCAAAACUCCGCAAAGGAGUCGGAGGUUCUCCGAUUGCUUGAAGAAAUGUCCGUCAAUAAUACCGAGCGCGUCCAGCGUCUCGAAGAGAUGGCCGACCGUGCGCAAGAGCUGAUAUGGUACCCCUUUACCCAGCACCAAGGCAUGAAGGCCAAGGACAUUACCGUCAUCGACUCAGCGCAUGAUGACUACUUCCAAACAUUCGGCUCCAACACAUCCAAAGAUGCAGAGGGUGAACUGCGCCCGACAUUCGACGGAUCCGCGUCCUGGUGGACUCAAGGCUUAGGCCACGGUAACCCCGAACUAGCACUAUCUGCUGCCUAUGCCGCCGGUCGGUACGGACAUGUCAUGUUCGCAGGAGCUGUCCAUGAGCCAGCGCUGACGCUUGCGGAUAAUCUACUGAAAACCAUCGAAAACCCGAGGUUUACUAAAGUCUUCUACACGGACAAUGGAAGUACAGGGAUGGAAGUUGCUGUGAAGAUGGGUCUACGCGCUUCUUGCGACCGGUACGGUUGGGAUGCCUCCCAGGAGCAGGUUGGUAUUCUUGGACUCAAGGGUAGCUACCACGGUGAUACUAUCGGUGUGAUGGACUGUUCGGAACCUUCGACAUUCAAUAAGAAGGUUGAGUGGUAUCGUGGUCGUGGCCACUGGUUCGAUUUUCCUCUUGUCAAGAUGGUUGGCGGAUCUUGGAAAGUCGAGAUCCCCGGUGAGCUGCAGGGAGAACUCGGCGAGGAUGUUGAUUUCGCUUCCUUGGGAUCGGUGUUUGACCUCAGCCAGCGUCUUGAGUCUGCCACUGCCCAGCGGUACAAGGACUACAUCCGUCGCACUAUUGAAGAUCUCGUUCAGCGCCAAGGAGUGAAGUUUGGAGCAUUGAUCUUGGAACCGGUCAUCCUCGGUGCGGGUGGAAUGCUUUUCUGUGACCCUCUCUUCCAGAGAUGCCUGACCGAUGUGGUCCGCGACCACCCAGAGCUGUUUUCCCCCAACGCUACCGCACCCAAACAAUCCCCGUCGUGGUCCGGCCUGCCAGUCAUCUUCGACGAAGUCUUCACCGGAUUGUACCGUCUCGGUCGGCGGACAUCCGCCUCUUUCUUAGGAGUGCACCCCGACGUGGCCGUCAACGCCAAACUCCUCACGGGCGGGCUGGUACCACUCUGCACGACUGUCGCUAGCGAGGAAAUCUUCAAUGCUUUCUCGAGUCCCGAAAAGAGCGAUGCCCUUCUCCACGGCCACAGUUACACCGCCCAUGCAGUUGGAUGCACGGUCGCUGUUGACUCCUUGAAGACCAUGGCCAAGCUUGAUACCGAUGGAUCGUGGGAUGCAUACCGCGCUGACUGGCGUAGCAGCUCGCCUGCUACUGUUGAAUCUUCAGCUCCCGAGGUGUGGAGUGUCUGGUCACAUGGUCUGCUUGAGGACCUCUCUUCCACGAAGUCCGUGGAGAGCGUGUUCGCCAUUGGAACCGUGCUGAGUAUCUCACUGCGUGAUGCAGCUGGUGGAGGCUACAACUCCAAUGCUGCAAAGGGACUGCAGCAGAAGCUGGCUGUUGGUGGUGAUCAGUUCAAUGUUCACUCGCGCGUCCUUGGAAACGUGCUUUACUUGAUGUCUAGUGUCACUUCCAAGCCCGAGUCGCUACGAGAACUGGAGCGUCUCCUCCGUUCAGCAUUAGUGUAG